AUGUCGCUUGGUGCCGGUGCCAGAACGAUGGCUACGCGGGCACCAAAGGAGUUUCUUUGCAUAAUGCCGGAUAAGCCCAACGUGCUGCAAGUCCGCAAGCAAGUCAAGAGCCAGCAUUACGAAGGAAUCAAGCCCCUCAUCGAGUCUGGGAGGCUAGUUUCCGGAGAGGAUGUCAAGGCUAUCAUCGAGAACGAUGUUUAUGCUACGAGCGGGAUCUGGGAUCUCGAGAGGAUGCAGAUCAUUCCUUAUGUGGCUGCUGUUAGGCAGCCUCUCUCGUCAUGA